GUAUACUUAAUCGCUACUUGCCAAAAUUAUCCAUCCAGAGAUUCAAAUUUAACAAACUAAAAGAAAAGAAGAAAUUGUCCGGUGAUUUUAUUUCCUCCGGCCAAAUAUUAACUUAUCUCCGCCCUUCGUAGAAACAUUACUAGAGCUGCCUGCCACCAGCAGAAAAGCAAUACUGGGAAAUUUUCACAACAAACAGUUUGGGCAUUAGGUCUGAUUGGUUUCCUAGAGAGAGAAACGGUGAACCUGCUGCCUCCAUUGUCUCAGUUACCUUCUUCGUCGUUGUUUGGAAAGCGUACGCUAACUCCGACAAUUCUCUAUCUAAUUCUCUCAUCCUCUGACGCAGGGGGGAAUAGAAAAUUAAGAUCAACAUUAUAGCGAAAAGAUGGAGUUGGAAUCGAACAAGGGAAGCAGAAGGAUGGGGGAUGGAGGAGGAGGGAUGACCAAAUCGAUGAAGAAAGCCCUUCUAAUAGUCAACUGCAUUCUCCUCUCUCUGGGAAGCGCAUGCGGCCCACUGGUCCUCCGCCUAUACUUCCUCAAAGGUGGUAAGGGGGUAUGGAUCUCUGCGGCUCUAGAAACUGCAGGAUGGCCUUUCAUCCUCUUGGCGCUCCUCACAUCCUACCUUUACCGCCGUAGUAGAAAUGGGCCCCAGGCCACUAAGAUCUCCUUCAUUACCUGGCGCCUGUUUCUAGCAUCGGCGGUGCUUGGAGUCCUUACAGGCCUCGAUGACUACCUCUACGCAUCCGGGGUGUCCUACAUCCCCGUCUCCACCUCUGCCCUAAUCAUCGCCUCCCAGCUGGCCUUCACCGCCGUUUUUGCCUUCUUGCUGGUGAGGCAGAAGUUCACCGCCUUCUCCGUCAACUCCAUAUUCUUAUUGUGCUUGGGGGCCGGGGUGCUCGCAACGCACGCCGGCUCUGACAAGCCGCCCAAUGUGACCAAGGAGAAAUACUUUUUGGGAUUCUUCAUGACCGUGGGCGCCGCGGUGCUAUACGGAUUCGUCCUCCCUGCCAUUGAGUUCACUUACAUGAAGGCCACCCAGUAUGUCUCUUACACUCUAGUUAUGGAGAUGCAAAUGGUCAUGUUCUUCUUCGCUACGCUCUUCAACGUCGUUGGCAUGAUCAUCCACAAUGAGAUCCAAACAAUGCCAAAAGAAGCCAGAGAAUUUGAGUUUGGAAAAGUGGGGUAUUGCUUAGUGUUGAUAGCAACGGCGUUGGUAUGGCAGUGCUUCUUCGUGGGAGCUGUCGGGGUUGCGUCAAUUGGUUCUUCUUUGCUCUCUGGAGUACUCAUCGCGACCUUCUUGCCGGUCACUGAGGUUUUGGCUGUCUUCAUCUAUCACGAGCCAUUUGGUUCAGAGAAAGCUAUUGCUCUCAUCCUCUCAAUUUGGGGUUUCGUCUCUUAUUUCUAUGGCGAGUACAAGCAGACCAAAAAGUCAACACCUACCUUGGGAUGACCCAUCAUCUUUGUAAAACUUCAAUACAUUUGUACCAUUAGACUUAUAGCUAGUAGCUAGGCACCUUCUCCUCUAAUAUGCUCUCUAGGAAAUAAAGGUUAUGCGUUGUCAAUUCACCGUGAGGUGAACUUUUUGAGUUGAUUUAUGAGUCUUGGGAAAUUUUGAAUCACUUCCCCUUUUUCUUUUUUCUCCUGAUACAGAAGCAACAAAAAUUUCUCUAGCCUGCUCAAAGGCAAUCAGUUGUCAGCCCAAUCAAACUUUGAAAGUCUUGAUAAAAUGUAUUCAUACUUUUGAAGGAAAUCAAAUGAAACCUUGAAUUGUUUAUA